AUGUCUCAACGUUCCAAUCAGCAUAUAGUGGGGAUUCACUACGCGAUAGGAGCGAAAAUUGGUGAGGGCUCUUUCGGUGUCAUUUUUGAGGGAGAAAAUAUUUUGAAUGCCAAUUACAACAAUGGUGGUAAAGAUAAUGUCGGGGAUGGCAGCUCUGCAGAUCCAGCCGAGGUGGAGCCUGUCGCUAUAAAAUUUGAACCGCGUCGAUCGGAUGCUCCUCAGCUCAGAGAUGAAUUUAGAGCUUAUAGAAUUCUCAAUGGAUGUCGUGGUAUACCACAUGCGUACUACUUUGGACAAGAGGGGAUGCACAAUGUGUUAAUCCUGGAUUUAUUAGGCCCCUCUUUGGAAGAUUUAUUUGAAUGGUGUGGCAGAAGAUUCUCCGUUAAAACAACAUGUUUGGUUGCGAAGCAGAUGAUUGAUAGAGUGAGAACUAUUCACGACCACGAUCUCAUAUAUCGAGAUAUCAAGCCUGAUAACUUUUUGAUCAGUGAAUAUCAAAGAAAUUCAAGUGGUAAUAUACUUACAAAAUCUGUUGCUGUUUCUGCAAAUGGGGAUCCAAAUUUAAUUUAUAUGGUAGAUUUCGGUAUGGCUAAACAGUAUCGGGAUCCAAGAACAAAGCAACAUAUUCCUUACCGCGAGAGGAAAUCUUUAAGCGGUACAGCAAGAUAUAUGUCUAUUAAUACACAUUUCGGCCGGGAACAAUCACGAAGGGAUGAUUUGGAAUCUUUGGGCCAUGUUUUCUUUUAUUUUUUAAGAGGAUCUCUGCCUUGGCAGGGACUUAAAGCACCAAAUAAUAAAUUAAAAUAUGAGAAGAUUGGAUUGACCAAACAAAAGUUAAAUCCUGAUGAUUUACUUACAGAGUUUAUUCCUCCUCAAUUUGCGACAUAUUUGAAAUAUUCCAGGUCCUUAAGAUUUGAUGAGGAUCCUGAUUACGACUAUUUGAUUUCAUUGAUGGACGACAUUUUGAAUCGGUUAGGUAUGAAAGAUGAUGGACACUACGAUUGGAUGGAUCUGAAUAGUGGUAAAGGCUGGGAUAUUUUGAUAAACAAACGAGCCAAUUUGCAUGGCUACGGCAAUGCCAAUCGAAGGAAUAAUGAUAAUGGUAACAACGAUACUAAUAACAACACAGGGACCAAUACUCCGGGAAAUAUCAACUCAAGAACAAAUCAACAGUCCAAUCAUCAUAAUUCAUUGAAUUAUGCAAAGCAAAAAUUGAAAUUUAUCAAUAACAAUGCAUCUUUUGAUGGUAAACAAGUACCAAACCAACCUGUCAAUCGUAGAACGUAUGAUUCAAUGGGUAACCGCAUUUUGAAACCUACUGUUGGAGAUCCAAAUUCGGCAGGCAACAACAAUGAUUAUAGGACUGGUACUGGAAGUAAUCUUGACGAAAAUAAUGCUCCAUACUAUAACUGGCAGCAGCAGCAGAAUCAACCAAGUCAACAUAGGGGCAAACAAUUCAAUCAAAGAUCGUCAAGUGCUGAUCAAGAUUCCAAUGCAAACAAAGGAUUUUUUUCAAAGUUUUGCUGUUGUUGGUGCUAG